GAAGGGACUUUCGGCAGACAACUGACCUAACCUCACAACCAAAUCCCCCGCGCAGAACUACCACCACCACAUUCAUACCUACCUAGCUGCCUACCUACCUAAUCUACCGAAGAACUCGACCCCCAUCACCCACACAAUCAUGGCCCAUCCCCGCCGAAGCAAUCGCACCUCCGGCGCCAGAACGAAAUAUAUAGAGGACCCGUUCGUGGCCGCCGGAGUUAGCGAUGACAAUAACGACAACGACCCGGAAGAGGGCCAACAGGGCGAUAGUGGUGGAGGUGACGCAUCGGUAGCAGCGGCGUCGCAGCAGCAGAGGCAGAGGCAGACGAACAAGAACAAGAACAAGGGGAAAGGGAAAGGGAGGAGCACACGCGCGUUCGCGGCCGUGAACGAUAAAUCCUCCGAUGAGGACUUUGAGAUGCCGGAUGCUGGGAACUCUGAGGAUGAUGACGAUGACGACGAGGAGUUCCGAGAUGAAGAAGAGGCGGAGGAGGUCGAGGGUGAUGAGGACGAGGAGGAUGGUAGUGAAGCUGGAGGCAAUGUGGGGGCGAGGACUGCUACUGCUGGUGGCGGGCCUUUUCGUCGGAAGUCACGCAAGGCUGGUGGUACCUCUGCUGGUGUUGGUGUUGGUGCUGGUGCUGGCGCCGCCGCCGCCGCCAACUCUAGAACACCUAAGCGACGACAUCCGGAUGGCAGUCUGCUGCUGACCGGCGAUGCGACGCAUUCGCGCGGCUCGUUCAACCCCCUCGAACAUGUGGGCAAGGCGGUACAUCUGCGGGUGAUGUUCGGGACGGACAAUAGGGAUCUGUUGGCGAUGAUCUACGCGCGCGAGCGGUGGGGUGGCGGGGUGGAUUCGACGUUUCCGACCCGCGAGGCGCUGCAGAGGGUGAGGGACGGCGCCGACUAUGGCUAUGGGUUGACCUUUGGGGUCGAGCCCGACCUUCUGAAGUUGGAGAGCGCCCGCGGCUGGGACUGGUACUAUACCGACGCGGUCCGCGAGCGGUUCCGGCUGCGGCAGCGCGUGGCGAAGCUCGGGGAGGCGGCCGCGCGCCGCAAGUACCUGGCUCGCUCGCGCGGGGAUCAUACCGUUCUCCUGGGGCCCGUGGAUGACCAGAAGGAGUUCACGCUGGGCCAGCAUCAGGUGCUCGAUUUCGGCGACGCGUGGGCCAGCAAAGCCAAGGCUGGGUCGGGCUGCCAUAAAGUCCGCGAGGGGUGGCUGCUGAACUUCGGGAGCAAAGUGCAAUGUCUGGCCUGGGCGCCGAAUCAGUUGGGUCGCACGCAGUAUCUGGCGGUCGUGGCCCCGAUUCUACCGGACCAGAAGGCCAAGGUCCCCGAUCCGCUGAAGGAUCAGGCCGCGCCGGCGUUCAGGCCCUCGGCGCCCUAUCCCUGCGCUCUGCAGAUCUGGGCGUUCCAGGCUCAAGAGUCUGAGACGUUGGCGCGGAAGAUCGAUCUGGGAUUUCGGCCGCAUUUGCGCUUGGCGCUGUGUACGGAUUGGGGCGAUUUGCGCCGGUUGGCCUGGUGUCCUAUGCCUCGCAGUCCUCGAGACGAAGACGACGAGGACGAGCGCGAGACCCUGGGGCUUCUGGCGGGCAUCUGGACCGAUGGUUAUGUGCGAGUCAUCGACGUGAAAGUCGGCCGGGAUACCAAGAAAGCUGAAUUCUAUCAGGUACAUUCCACGAUCUUCGAGGCGAAGCCCCCAUCGACUGUUUGUACAUGCGUGACAUGGCUCUCUCCAAGCGAUAUUGCCGUCGGCUGUGCCAACGGGUAUGUCGCAAUCUGGAGCAUCGCGCCGUCCUCGAACUCGUCCUCGAGUCCCGCCCCUUACUUUUACCAAGCACUUCACUCCACCUGGGUUCUCAACAUCUCAUCCGCCUACCCUACGUAUCCCCAUCUGAUAGCCACUACCUCCAUGGACGGCGACACCAGGCUUACGUCCGUCGUCGACCCGCCCAAGGACCAGGUGUAUACGAAUCGCAUGCGGGUGGGCUCGACCCAUCUCUCGUACUGCCCGCCGCUGCAAUCGUUCCUCUCUAGUGACGAGAACGAUUUCGCCCGUCUGCUCGCCGUCCGGCGGUUCUACACCUCGACCGCAGUCGCCCGACUGCCAAGCCCCAUCUCGGCGCUGGCGCCGUGCAGCUACUGGCAUCCCAGCGUCCUGUUUGGCUGCGUGGGGGGCACGGUGCAAGCCACCAACCCGCUUCGGCGGGUGCUGCACUCCAAGGAGAAGCAAUGGCAACAGAACUGGUUCCAGCAUGAAUGGGUGCGUGGCCCGCACGACACCGGCACGGGGGUCAGUCGCUUCUACGACGGAUACCGCGCCGAGAGUGUCAGCCUGCUGCGCAACCUGAUCGGGGAUCGCAAGCUGGUCAACGGCAUGGCGAUGAUCACGAUCUACGAGGAGGAAACGCACGUUACUGCGCUUUCGUGGAAUCCCAACCAAGCAUGCGCCGGAUGGGCUGCCGCGGGCUUGGGAUGUGGCUUGGUCCGAGUCGAGGACCUGGUUCUGUCUUGAGGCUAGUUUUAGCUUUUCACUGCGCGAAGUCAGUUCCAUCCUCUUGUGCAAACGGGCUCGUCUUCGACCGACGAGGAGCCGAAGAUCG